AUGUCUGGCUAUGUCGCAGAUGGAUAUGGGGAGGAUAAAAAACGAGGGGGAAAGAGGGGGAAAUUGGCUGGGUAUUUGAAAGCUGCAAACGAACUUCGUCAAUCGUAUCAACAAUCAUACUCUGAGAAAUGGGGUGGGGGUAGUGGAUUGGAUGAUGAUGAACAUGGAAUACCAGGUUCAUUUCCGGAUGUAUCUAUUGUUUCUCACGGUGAUGAGCAAAUGAUAUUAUUUCCGUCAUAUGCGCGGAGACAUACCAAGGAGAAACCUUUUUUUGAAAAUGCCAACAUGAAUCCUAAAUUGAACGAACCCGGAGAUGCGGAAUAUUGGGCGAGGGAAUGGCAAAAAUAUGAGGAUGAUAGGGCUAUAGUUGAUGUGGAUGUUAGAGGAUGGCUUUACUCUCCCCAUAGAGGACCUAUGACAAGAAAGAAUAGGUUACUCAUUGGUCUUGCACGCCAGUUGAGUGGGAUUCCUGCACCAAAAUCUGGUUCUCGAGAGACUAGUCCGGAUUCAAAUUCAUUAAGAGCAAAGCAUAGAGAGCUCGAACAGAGGCGUGAUGAGGAGAAGAUUGCCCGAGAAGCAGAACAAAUACUGAAAAAGGGUCGAGGGGAAGAGGAGGCAGCACUACGGGGUGACUAUAGUGAAAAGCCAAAACGGGAAUCAGAUGGUGAUAGUAUCUAUAGUGAACGCGGUAGGCAGCGGGGUUCCAGUUCACGGGUAUCGCCAGAGUCAUCACCUGCUCCAAGUCGUCUAACAAAACGUACAUCAUGGAAUCAACCAUCCGAGAUGACCCAAGCGGAACUAUUAACAGCAAAUGCUCAUUUGAUGGCACGAUUAAGACCAUUCCUUACGAAUCCAAAGGUUGAAACAGCGAUUACGGUUUUCUUUUACGACGAGAAGAAUUCUUCAUCGCGAACAAUAGAAACAAAUGAAGCAGGUCAUUUCAUUAUGCGAGCCGCUUUGGAGUUUGUUCCCACACACGUUAGAGUGUUGGCUUCAGAAAACCUUUCAGCGAUUGAAGAAGUCAAGAUUACUGAACCAAAAGGAGUGAGCCUCAUUACUGAUGUUGACGAUACAAUCAAGCACUCUUCGAUUGGUGCAGGAUCAAGAGAGAUUUUCAGAAAUGUCUUCAUUCGUGAAUUUGCUGAUCUCACAAUCGAAGGUGUCAGGGAAUGGUAUAAUACAAUGUAUGAUAUGGGUGUUGGGGUACACUAUGUAUCCAAUUCACCUUGGCAAUUAUUUCCAGUUUUAGUGAGCUUUUUCAGAAAAGCAGGGCUACCACCUGGAUCUUAUCACCUAAAACAAUAUAGCGGAAUGCUUCAGGGUAUUUUUGAACCUGUUGCGGAAAGAAAGAAGGGUACCCUUGAGAAGAUCAUGCGAGAUUUUUCAGAAAGGAAAUUCAUUUUAAUUGGAGAUAGUGGUGAAGCAGAUUUAGAAGUCUAUACCGAUGUCGUUUUAGCAAAUCCGGGAAAAAUCCUGGGUAUCUUUAUCAGAGAUGUCACGACACCUGAAGAUAUAGGUUUCUUUGAUCCUGCAUUGGGUCCACUCAGUGGAGACCGUCGAAAGUUUGAACCUCAAUCUCGAACGCAAUCUCGGACGCAAUCCAUUGAUAGCAGGAGAUCAUCUACAUUUAGUAAAUCCGAGCUAUCAGAGAAACGACCAUCUUUGCCUCCCAGAGUUCCCUCGGAAACUAAACUCCAGACUAGUAAUGGUCCAACCAUGGGAACACUAAUUGAUUUCGGAGAUGAGCCUGAGAAUGAGCCAAUACAUAAAUCUCAUAGGCAAGUGGUACCUCGAUCUAUGUCAGAGAUGGAAGUACCAAAUGUUCCACGACGAAAAUCCGCCAAUGAUGGGAAAGCUCCACCUCGACCUUCUAAGCCAUUAUCCCUUCGUGGAGCAAGUACAAUCACAAUGGUUCCACCUGAAUCAUCCGAACCCCCAAAGCAAAACACUCCACCACCACCACCAAAACCUCGUCGUUCAGGUGCCAUACAUGGAAGUGUAAAUAAUCACCCAUUGAAGCAGGCACAAAGUAGUGCGGAGUUAUCAGAAUCAUCUAGUGAAGGUUACAUAUCUAGUGCUCGUCAUAAAGUUACAGAGACCUAUAAUAAUCUUCCAGAAAUGAGAUCUUAUAUUCCAGGCAUGGGUGAAUCGAAUCCAAGGCCCCAACCUGCAUUCGAUCCAUCAUAUAGUCCAUCAUCAAACAAUGGACCACCACCUCUCCCACGUCGAAAAUCUACCAUUAAUUCUUCAAUCUCCAGCUCCCCUGACUCAUCAGAUGAUGAAUUCUACCGAACAUCCAGUGGAGCACCAGCAAACAAAAAAUUGGAUCUCUGGAGACGUCGUUGGAAGCGCGCAAAAGAUAUUCUUGAUGGACAAGGUGUCACACUCAGAGCUUGGAGAAAUGGUGGUGAUGUAUGUAUAGAGGCUGUACAUAUGGUUGAACAAGCUAUGCGGGAAAUGGGGGUUGAAGGGUAUGGGAAUGGGAAGGGGAAGACGGGGAGAGGAGGUGGAGAGAUUAAGGUUAAGGAUUUGAAGAGGUAG